UUGUCGUUGUCGUUGUCGUUGUCGUUGUCGUUGUCAUGGCUUCAGAUGAUAGCGAUGGCUCUAGCCUUGAUAUAGAACGGAGAAUGCGGGAGUCUGAUGAGCGGCACAAGAGGAAGAGAGACGAAGAGGAAGCCGAAGUAUUGGCUGCAGCCCCAGUCAUUCCAGUCGCAACAGCAGCCUCAAUUCCCACAGCGACAGCGGCCCCAGUUCCCUUAAACAGAAAUUACCUUGAUGGUGGGCGUCCACGUCUUAGCUUGUGGGAUCUUCAGCAACAACGCCAGAUGCAGAUGCAGCAACUCCACCAACAGCGAGCCCUUACAGUGCCGCUACCACCGCUGCCUUAUUACGAAGAUCCGAUUGCCCAAGAUAUGUACAUGGGACAACUCAAAGCGCAAGAGUCACGGGAGCGGCCGCCACGGUAUCGUGCUGCUAGCUCCCCUUCGCCUGCUGUCCAUUCUAGGUCUGCAUCCCCGGCUAUCCGUUCUGCAUCCCCGGCUGAGCGAAAGGCUGAGCAAAAGGUCAUCAGGGAAGCAGCGAAGGCCGAACAAAAGAAGAAGAAAGAGGACGAGAAAAAUGCUAAGAAGGCAGCCGACGCUAAGCAGGCACGGCGUAUCAAAGUUGUGAUCGACAAGUACGACCCCUUGAAAAAGCAAAUUGUCUGCGGGGAAGAAGAGAAUCCCAGCGAUAAGGAGAUGUACCGUGUGGCCAAGACGUUGGUCUACGACAAAGGGGAACCAAACGAAAUGACAUUUGAUCUGGCAAAAUUCACUAGCACACAGAUCCGUGAACUUUGUCUGAAGUGUCAAGUCAAGGGAGGAGGCAACAUGAAAAUGUUCGAUGCUAGGAAGGAGAUUGCCCGAAGUAUUGAGAUGGGAACCAUGUACAACGACACGACAGUUUCAAACCUUGCGUUGGACCCCUUAGCCAAGAGGAUCAACACUCUCGUCAAAGUCCUCAAUAUCUGCUUCCAUCCUACUAUUUACCCUUUCUUCGUCUCACUCAACGACAGCAAUAAUCGAAAGGAAUUCGAACGGGAGCCUCUUUCACAGGAGGGUGUGACCGGAAAUCCGUUCAAGGACUUUUGGCUUCUCGUUUCAGAGCACAUGAAUGAGACGAAUGAGACGGUUGCGGAAAGGUUGUUUGACGACGUCUUGGGUCUCCAGGAGGGGGAAGACGAACAUCUACUUGCGUACAGUGCCGAAUUCGGUUUCAACUUAAAUGACAUUUACCGUGACCAGAACAACAAGUCAGUUCAGCGGCUGAUGAGCGACUUGAUGAAGUCCAAGGAUAAUUGUCUUGCACAAAUGAAGAUAUCGGGCCACCAUAGCAAUGACAUAUGGACUUAUUGCGUAGUGAAGAGGUGGUGUACUCCUCGGAAGGGAAUGGCAGCCGUACCUGCCAUAGCGGUGUACUAUUGUGCCUAUCUCUGCAAACUCCAUCCCACAAUUGAAGGGAAAUUUGCCACGUUUCUCGAAGCCUGUUUGAAGAGUGAUUCCACGGUCGAUAUGACAGGAAGUGCUGAUGCCGCCGGUAAAGGCGGCAAACAAGCCGUGGCAGACGCCAUUGAAUCGCUCACCAGCGUCAGUUCCGACCUGAAAGAAUCCAUUGGCCAAAGGAAAGAGAAUACGGAGGAUGCGGCGGAAACGAAUCAGUGGGACGGCUAUCUGGCCGUGGGCAACCAAUACCUGAAAAUCGUGGAGGAAAUAAAGAGCGGUGACUCCUCCAAGGCUCCCCUUGCGAGAGUCAUGGAAAUUCGACUUGGUCGACUCGAAAAGAAGUUGAACAUUCCGGCUGAAUCUUCCCUCAUUGUCGGAACGGAAUAUUAAUAUAUAGGAACGGAAUAAUAUAUAGGUGUGAUUACUGUGUU